UAAUGAUGGUAAUAUAUGGAUAAUAUUACUUUAAUCAUUUGUUCAAAUCUACUGAUUUCUGGAGUGAUGAUCCUGAUUUCCAUCCCUACUCUUCUUCCUCCUCCAUUAGCAGAGGCAAGAUUUCUACAUCAACACUACACGUGUAGUAAACAAGACCUGACGUGUCAUAGGCGGUCCACUUGUUGUAGUACUAAAUACAGCCACCACCACUUGGAUCACCAGGCUCCUCAAGUCAUCAUCAAAGUCCAGCAGCAGCUCAAACAACAAGACUCAGACUCUCCAUUAAUGGAUUCACCAUCAGAAGUUGACUUGUCAAAUCCUUCUCCAUUAAUGGAUUCAUCGUCAGCAGAAGUUGACUUAUCCACUCUAAGAUCUCAUUUCAUUAAUGUCCUUAGAUCCAGAAGAACUCAAGUUCCCGUCUCCGUGGAGCCGGCGGAACCUGUGGUAGAAUGUUUGAUUCAAGAAACUCCUCGGCCUACCCGCAGCGAGGCAAUGGAAUCUUGCCCGAGGGAAGAUUUCGAGAAGGAUCAAUUGAUAGAAGAGAACCUUUAUUUGAUCACUGAGGAAGGUGAGCAGGGACGUUUACCGGUGUUGAUUUUGAGUUUGAAAGGAAGCGAGCACCAGAAAAGGCCAGCGAUUGUAUUUUUACACAGCACAAACAAAUGCAAAGAAUGGUUACGACCGUUAUUAGAAGCGUAUGCUUCAAGGGGAUAUAUAGCCGUUGCUAUUGAUUCUCGAUACCAUGGCGAAAGAGCUAAAAAUUUGACCACAUAUAGAGAUGCUCUUGUAGAAUCAUGGGAAAAGGGUGAUACAAUGCCUUUCAUAUUUGAUACGGUAUGGGAUUUAAUAAAACUGGCAGAUUAUCUUUCACAAAGAGAAGAUAUUGAUCCUAGUAGGAUUGGGAUUACUGGCGAAUCACUGGGAGGGAUGCAUGCCUGCUUUGCUGCAUUUGUGGAUACGCGAUACGCAGUGGUUGUCCCAAUAAUUGGUGUUCAGGGGUUCCGAUGGGCCAUAGAUAACGACCAGUGGCAGGCUCGAGUGAACAGCAUAAAAGCAGUUUUUGAAAAAGCACGAGCUGAUUUAGGAAAGGAUGAAAUUGAUAAAGAGGUGGUGGAGAAGGUUUGGGACAGGAUUGCUCCAGGUCUAGCUUCGGAAUUUGAUGCACCUUACUCAGUUCCAGCCAUUUCACCACGUCCUUUGCUGAUUCUAAAUGGCGCAGAAGAUCCUCGUAACCCUAUUGCGGGGUUGGAAGUUCCGUUUGCAAAAGCAACAAUGGCGUACAGUGAAGCUAGUUGUCCACAAAACUUCAAUGCAAUAGCAGAACCUGGAAUUGGACAUAUGAUAACUUCGCUGAUGGUGAAAGAAGCCAGUGAAUGGUUCGACAAAUUCCUCAAGUAAAAAUGUUCAGACGCUCUGUAGUAGUGUUUCCAUUUUGGAUUGUUCGACAACUUGUUGGAUUUACCAACCAGAAAAGUAGUUCCACUGUGGUGUGUUUACCAUUGUAAUGUUAUUUUUUCUUUCAUUGGACUUGCAUUUGUAUUCUUUAUUUUAAAUUAAUACAAAUAUUAAAUUCAUUCCUCAGAAAAA